GGGCCCCACGUGUCAUGGGCUCAUAGCCUCCCUCGCUCACCGAUCCCUUCCCCUCCCCGCAAGGCCGGCACCAAACCGCCGCCGGCGCAAUGGCGGGAGGCGGCCUGGCGGCGGCGUGGGAGCUAACCGUCGUCUUCCUCCUGCAGCCCCUCCUCGCCGUCGCCUUCGUCCUCACCCUCAUCCUCCUCAGCUGGUACGUGGCGUGGAGGACGGUGCUGGUGCACGUGCCGCUGGUGCAGGAAAUCGCCGGACUGCGACGGAAGAAGCCCGCCAAGCCCAAGCCGGCCAACUUCGGCCGCAUCGCCAGGUUCUACCAGUUCCAGGCUGAGGCCGCCCAAAGGAACAGCAAAUCAGAAAGGGCAUUGUAACCUAAAUCCUUUAGCGCAUUGCAAGCAGUGCCCGCAGGCUGCAUUAUUUGAAAUCUCUGAUUCUAAUAUUGAACACAAUACUGAAAAUGAAAUGGUGGGUCUUUUCUAAGGAGAGAACGGAUGUCAGCAUCCGACGGAAGCUUCCUGUGUGGCAAAUGUUUAUACAUCAAGUUUCCACAAUAAGAAUAACACUAGUGAGAACUGUAUAUUGCACCCUGUAAAUUUGGCGAUCUUGUAAUACUAGAUUGUACAUAUACCUGUACAAGAAUAAAGAGAACCGCUUGACCUUUGGAA